AGUACAUCCAAAGUUUAUUUCAUUUUUGGGUGUACUAUCCAAUUAUGGAUGAAUCACGUAAGGUCGUUAUUUUUGUUUUACUUUUAUUUUGAUGUAUUCUUAUCAUAGGGGAAUUCAGAGAUUGGUUUCAAAUCCGCUCUUUCAGUUUCAGUAGAACAAAAAAAAACUGUGGGCUAGAAUUCGGGUCAUUGUAUUUUGGUGAACUUAACACCUCCUCUGUAACAGUGUUUAACCGCUGGUUGAGGAGGUGAUUGCAGACUCUUGCAGCUGAACACAGAUAGUGCCUGUGGUCGCCUCAGUCCUGUCAAUGCUGUAUUCAUUCUGUCUCAGAGGAGCAAGAUGGUGGCAGUACAAAAGGAUUACUGGUACUUCUUGGUACUCAUGAUGCCGCUCUGUUUUCUGAAAGACUCUGUUCAGAUGAAAGCCCCAGAAUCAACAGUCAUACUGCAGGAGGGAAUGAUAUUGGACUGCCUGUGUCCGUGGACUGGCCAGCUCACUAUGGUCUCUUGGACUAAAAAGUCUCUUUCACAACCUUUAGCUAUUUAUCACCCUCAGUAUGGCACCAACUUCGAAUCAUCUUAUGACGGUAGAGUGGAGUUUCUGAAAACCACCCAGAUGGAUGGCAGCAUUUCCAUAAGUAACGUCACCGAGGAUGACAUCGGCCAGUAUCAUUGCUCUCUGCAGACAUAUCCUCAGGGUUCAUGGACAAAAGACACAUUUGUCGAAAAUACAGCAAUCACCACCACCAUCUCUAUUCAACCGGACACUAAGUUGGUGGUGGCAGAGAACGACAACCUGACCAUUAAAUGUGACCUUGUCCACAACGGUGAGGUUUUACAAGUGAGCAUAGAGAAACUGAACAUUGAGGAGGGCAGUAGCAAUAUCAUAGCAACGUGUCAGAUGCUGAGCGAAGGAGUGGAGCUGAAUGAGUUCGACAGUAGAGGACGAGUGAACUGCAGUGAUGCUAUGGAGGUCAGUCUACACCUCACCAACAUCAUUAAAGAAGACGCAGGAUUCUACCGCUGCAACUUCAGCACAGACGCCGGCGUGCAGUCCACCACAGUCCUGCUGACCACUCUACCUGCUCAAGAUUUGCAGGGUCUUCAUUACAUGCUGUAUGUGUAUAUUGGAGGAGGGCUGGUUGCUGUCGCUCUUCUGAUGAUUUUAUUAGUGACGUGGCUGAACAGGAUGAAAAGGAAGAGAGAGGACUACAGAAUCAAACUGCACCCUGCCAAAAGACAGCGUAACCCAUAUGAUCAUGGCUGUGUCUAUGACAGGAUGAAAAAGGGGACCAAAAGUGGGGCGAGAGAUAAAGAAAUAUAUGUUAACUUUCAGAUAGUGAGGGCUCAUAAAAAACAAAAACAAAAGAGAUGAGACACCACCACUCAAUAGAGUUCGAACUGAUAAAUUGGCGUCUACGUGGAAGAACUAGCUUUGGCUGAAGAGCAGAAAUCAUAAAACACAAACCAAACAUCAGUGCCAAGAAAUGCUUUCGCACCUGAAUACUAAUGGAUGGAUCAGAGGGGAAAUUCCUAAUAAUGCAGAAGAUUAAUGGAGCUGUGCGUAUAAUUUGUCAUUUGAUGAACCACUACCACCAUCAUCGUCAUCUUCAUCAGUGCAUUAACCAUUCAAGCCUGGCCCAGAACUCACAUUUCAUGGCAUUUCAUUGCAUAAUGGUGCUGGAUGUUUGCUGCUCAUGUACACAUUGUGGAAAAAACGUCCUCUCUGCUCCUCGGUGGAGUCUGUUUGACAGGUAAUCUGCUUAAGAAGCUUUCUGGACUGUGUCAAAGCCAGAUAUAAGCCAAGCACGGUCACUCUGAACAGACACCGAAGCGACGCUUUAGCUUGAGUGACUCUAAUUAUCAAAUGAUUGGAUCUCAGAGAGCUUUUGAGUGGAUGAAUCUUCUCAGAAUCACAUCCUUGUCUCAGUUUGAGCCUGAAUGCUUUCUCUCUGCAGAAAUGGACGUACCAGCCUCACGAAUGAAAACGAGGAUACGAAGGCUUCAUUACUCAUAGGUCGAACUGACAAUGCUCAGCUUACAGGCGGAAUAGGAUUUGCAUUGUGAGGAAUAAUGACUUUAAAUGAUUCGGAUCAUUCAAGAGUUCAGAUUUGGUGUUUGAGCACAGGGCACUUAACAAGUACAGGAAGAAAAUGAAUCACAUUUUGAUGCUCCUAUUCUGUCCUUGAUCUCACAAAUCGAUCUGUAUUUGAUUAUGAAUCAAAAAUUAGGCUUGGUACUCUGAAAAGACAUGGGAUUUGGCUUCAUGAGACUGUAUUAUGCAUGAAUGAUGGUGUUCUUUAAGACUUAUAUAAAGAUAUUAACCUUUUAAA